AUGAAAUGCUUAAUAAGCGAUCAUUUCGUCGCCAAAAUGCUCGAUUGGUCUAGUGGUUAUGACGUCUGCUUAACAUAUACCGGCCUCCGCGCCACAAUAUGGACAAGCACGAGAUUGCGAUUUACUUCGCAUUCUUACGUUUCUCAAGGAAAGCGCGACGCGAGUCGCGCGCUUCUAGCUUAA